AUGAAUAUGAAUAACUAUACAAAUUUAAAUAGCCCAAAUAAUUCUUCAUAUUGCAGUGUUAACUUAUUUAAUACUCCAGCUUCAAGUAAUACUGACAAGUGUGAAUUGGAGAAAGACCGGAUUAGCUUAGAGAAGAAAAAAGAUGGUACAAAAAGUGAAGGUUGGGCAGCUAUAAUAAUUGUUGGCCAAAAUUAUGAUACAAAGGAGGAUAUUCUUAAUGUUGCUCAAAAAAAUGCCAAAAAUUUGGGAUUUGCUGUUUCAACUAAAAAUAAACAGAAAAGAAAAAAGAUGAGUAAGUGCUAUGAAUAUCUCUAUUUAAUCAAAGCAAUUCCAAAUGAUUCUAAGUGGUGUGUUGUAGAAAUUAAAAAUAAACAUAAUUAUCUAAUGGUAAAGGAUGUGCGAGUUUUUCAUGAACACUGUCAACUAACACAAGAAGUAAGACAUAUUACAGUAAAAAUGUUAAAAGCAGGUACAAAGCCUGGCAUGAUCUAUGAGGCUGUUAGAAGUGAAGAUGGAACUCCAACUAUAACAAAAAAAGAUAUAUCCAACUUAAAUAUAUGGAUUAAUUUUUUAGAAGAAACAGCAUUAAUGGCAGCAUUAAUAACAGGUAUGGAGGAAAGAGGUGCUCUUGGAAAAGUAUUUUCCAAAUCUGAACAUCUUUUAUGCACCUGGCAUAUAAUGAAUAAUUUUAAAAAAAAAUUGAAAAAGUAUUUUAGUAAUGUUUUAUUCGAUGAAGUUAUGAAGACAAUAGACAAGUUCAUUCAUUUGAGAGAUUGUGAGGCAUUAAAUGCUGUGAUAACUACCUAUAAGAAGCUGGCUUCAUCAAGUUCUAACAAAAGUGAAGUUUUAAAAUAUCUUGACAGACAUAUACUUCUAACCUUAGGUCCUGUAUUGCUAUCUAUCAUUUCAACAAGAUGGCUAUUAUUUUCUGAUAAAGAUCGACUGGAUUCUGAUAUUCAAAUGCAAAAUGAGCAACAAAAGUCAGCUCUUCUGGAAAAACUUAAUAAGAUCUUGGCAGUUUCUGCAGCUAACCUUUCUGAAGUUAAAGUCCCAGAGAAAAUUGUAGAAAAGGGUCGUCCUUCUGGAACAAAACAAUUGCCUAUUGCUCUAAAAGUCCCAUUAAGUUCGCAAAUUCUUGCUAAUGAUAUAGACCAGAUUUAUGAUCCAAAAAGCAAUAGUAACUGUGAGUUUCGAUCGCUUGCAUUCGCUAUUAAAGGAAAUGAGAAAAAUUGGAUUUUUGUUAAGUUGGCUAUGAAUAGUCAAUUAACUAAAUGCAUGGAAGUUUAUAAAAACUGGCUUGGAUACAAUACCAAUUUGCUUAGUCAAAUAUUAGGAUACAGAGCAUUACCAUGUCUGCCUUCUUUUUGGUUUCUAUUUCUUGAUUGUGCACAAUUGGCUGCUGAUAUAUUCUCUGUCUCUAUCACUAUUUUUGAUAAGUUAAACGGGCAGA